AAAAUAUAUUCUAAAAACGCAGAAUCACGACUCCACCAGCAGCCAGUCAUUCCCCCGACUGGAGGAGUCUUCUUCUGUAUAUGGAGCUACUACAAGAAGAAGAAGACGAAGACGAGGAAGAAGCCCAAGAACAUCGUUAACGAGAAGCCACCCCCCUUCCUCCUCCUCCUCCUCCUCCUUCUUCAAUCGCUAAAUCUCAGAAUCAAUUUUCCUCCUUUACGUACCACAUCUAUACAUAUACAGAAGACUCUAUUGUAAUACCAUACACUGCAUUCAUACAUACACACAUAAGAAGAGGAGGGGAGGAGGGUAGUGAAUUAUGAAGAUGGCGAAGGCGCAAUCCCUGUUUAGGAGGAGGAAGAAGGCUUCGCUGCCUCCCCACCCACCGGAGAUUGAAGCUACCACUAGCUCUGCCCUGGUGCCGGUCGUGCCCAAUAAUAAUAUUAAUAAUAAUAAUAAUUUUGCUUCUUCUUCUUCUACGGCGAUUGUGGCAGCCGCCGGGAAUAAUAAUAAGGCUUCUGUCGGGAAGAAGAAGGUGGGUGGGGCGGCGAGGUUGUGGAUGAGGUUUGAUCGGACGGGGCAGUCGGAGUUGAUUGAGUGCGAUAAAAGCGUCAUUAUUAAGCGCGUCUCUAUACCUGCUCGUGAUCUCCGAAUUCUCGGCCCUAUCUUCUCUCAUUCCUCCAGUAUUCUUGCUAGGGAAAAGGCUAUGGUAGUCAAUUUAGAGUUCAUAAGAGCUAUAGUUACAGCUGAAGAGGUAUUGCUGGUUGAUCCUCUGAGGCAGGAUGUUCUUCCAUUUGUUGAUCAGCUGAGGCAGCAACUUCCGCACAAAAGUGCUUUCAAGAAUGAUGGAACUGGCCAAAUAGUUGCACAAGAUGAUGAGAUGCUAUUUCCAACAUCUGAACAAUGGUUGCCUGCACCAGAAACUGUUGAAGGUAUGCAAGCAGAGCUUCCAUUUGAGUUCCAGGUUCUGGAGAUUGCAUUAGAAGUGGUUUGUACAUUCUUGGAUUCCAGUGUAGCAGAGCUAGAGAGAGAUGCUUACCCUGUUUUAGAUGAACUGGCUAUGAAUGUUAGCACCAAGAAUCUUGAGCGUGUUCGGAGUUUAAAAAGCAAUCUUACCCGAUUGCUUGCACGUGUACAAAAGGUCAGAGAUGAAAUUGAACAUCUUUUGGAUGACAACGAAGACAUGGCCCAGUUAUACUUGACAAGGAAGUGGAUUCAAAAUCAGCAAUCUGAGGCUCUAUUGGGAGCUAUGGUCUCAAAUAACAAUGUACCUGCUGCUACUCUUCUUCAACGACUUAAUUCUACAACAAGUGGGAGUUUGACCAUCAAUCAUUCAAAUGACCAUGAUGUUGAGGAUUUGGAAAUGUUGCUUGAGGCUUAUUUCAUGCAGUUGGAUGGCACUCGUAACAAGAUACUAUCUGUUCGGGAAUACAUUGAUGACACAGAGGAUUAUGUCAACAUCCAACUUGACAACCAGCGAAACGAACUUAUUCAAUUGCAACUGACAUUGACCAUUGCCUCAUUUGCGGUUGCUGUAGAGACUCUGAUUGCUGGUGCGUUUGGGAUGAAUAUCCCUUGUACACUCUUCCAUACCAAUGGGGUCUUCUGGCCGCUUGUCGGUGGUAGUACAGCGGGUUGUAUAUUACUCUUCCUUCUCAUUUUAGGAUAUGCAAGAUGGAAGAAGCUUCUUGGGUCUUGAACUCAUUUUUGAUCUGUUAGGACCAGAAGUGAAAAGAAAAAAAAAUGGCAAUACCGUUGGUUUUUCCCUUUUUUGGGGUGAAAAUUACUGUCUAAAUUCAUUCAUGGCCUUCGCCCCGUUUUUUAAGUUUUGCAAGACAUGGUCUCAUAUUUAGGGAAGACUCUCAUCAAACAAGCACUGUACAAUGUUGGGAACAACAUGGAAGUGCAAUCAUACAAUUUAACCCUGUUUUCUCUUUGUAA